AAUAGAUACACCUAAACUGCUUUGAAUGGCUUACGGCGGCUCCGCCAGGUAGCUUGACAAAGAGUGUGAGUUGAGAGUCGAAGUCGGUCCCAAUUUGGAACGGAGAUUCCGCCGGAGAUUCGCCUCUCGUUUCCUCCAGGCCACAAAUUUGCUGUUUUUACAUGGUAUGGCGCUACAAUUGAAAUUGAUGGUACUACUUAAACUGAUUACACGGCUGAUGAGACGCCCAUGAUCAGCUACAUCAAUGUGCAUGCUGUGCUGGAUGCUAGAAGAAACCGUGCAAAAGCUGAUGAUGCUACCUCAUCAAUGUUACCUGUACUUGUAUCUUGCAUAUUUGAUUAUCACUUCUAAGUUCUAAAAAGUGUGAGUGUUCUGCUAAUACUUCUAUAAUUGAGAAGGAUUUGAACUUUUGUAUGGAGGAUAUGAAGGGUUUCCUUGUGCUGUAUCCACAUGAUGAUGCGCUGAUAUCUUGUUGAGCUGAGAUGAGUAAAUGAUUGCAUGGAAGAUGAAAGGGUUUGCCACUACUUCACAAUGCUCUGCUCUUUGCAGCAUUUCAAUUUAAUCCUGUAAAGGAAUGUUUUUUCAUGAUAAAAUGAAACAAAUUCUGGUUUGUCGCGUUGAUGGCCAACAGGAUAUUUGAAGAAGAAAACACCAGAUGUUCUGCUCUUAUGGCAUUUGUUUAAUGUGUUAAUUCCCAAGGAAAUAGUAAUCACCUUCCAAUGACAGUGGUCUCUGUGCACCAUGAUAACUAGAACGAUUGGACAAAGGUUUCUCUAUUGCAAGUAUGAACUGAAUCUUGUGGGCCUGUUUCUUCAGGGACCACGGGUCAUUGUCGUAGGACCUACGGAUUCUGGAAAGAGUACAUUGUCAAGAAUGCUUCUGAGCUGGGCAGCUAAACAGGGAUGGAAACCUACCUUUGUAGAUUUAGACAUAGGCCAAGGUUCUAUAACAAAACCUGGGUGUAUAGCUGCAACCCCAGUUGAGCUGCCUAUUGAUCCGGUGGAGGGAAUUCCUCUUGAUAUGCCUCUAGUUUACUUUCAUGGCCAUGUGACUCCUAGUGCCAAUGUAGAGCUGUACAAGGUAUUGGUUAAGGAGCUUGCUCAAGUUUUGGAAGGACGGUUUGCUGGAAAUGUUGAAUCUAGAGCUGCGGGCAUGGUGAUUAAUACCAUGGGGUGGAUCGAGGGUGUUGGUUAUGAGUUGCUGCUGCAUGCAAUUGAUGCAUUCAACGCCACAGUUGUUCUGGUUUUGGGUCAGGUAUCUGUUUUUUUGCUGGAAAAGCUGUGGAGCAUGCUUAGGGAUGUUUUGAAAGGCAAAGCUAAUGUAGAUGUGGUGAAGCUUCAGAAGUCUGGUGGUGUAGUCUCGCGAAAUGCAAAAGUCCGUCAGAAGGCCAGGGGUUCUAGAAUACGUGAGUACUUCUACGGCCCUGUGAACGAUCUUUCCCCUCAUUCGAAUACAGCCAAUUUCAGUGAUUUGUUAAUCUAUCGUAUUGGUGGUGGACCCCAAGCCCCACGCUCUGCUCUGCCAGUUGGUGCUGAACCAGUCUCAGAUCGUUUAAGAGUGGCUCCUGUCAUUGUCAACCAAGACUUGCACCAUCUCGUUUUAGCUGUCUCAUUUGCUAAAGAACCAGAUGAAAUCAUGUCCAGUAAUAUUGCUGGCUUCAUCUGGGUUACUGAUAUCAACUUCGAAAGCAAAAAAAUCACGUACCUAGCGCCCUCCGCUGGGAAUCUUCCUGGUAAAUACUUGAUCGUGGGAAACCUGACAUGGUGCGAAUAGUGAGGGAGAGCGCAUUCCGUUUCCAUCAUCGUUGGACUUGGGUUUAAUGGAUAGUAUAAUAGGUUGAAUAUAUGACAGUUUGUAUAAAUAUUUAUCAACUUCAGCUACUCCUGGUGUCUUCUGCCUAUGUAAUACAAGAAUUUCUAUUUUGUACACUUAAUUGUAUUUUAAAUUUUCGGACA